AUGUUGACCCCACAGAUUCUGACUCCUCAGAAAUCAGAGGUGAAAAGCUCAGGGAAGCUGAAGUGUCCCCAGUUGAGACACCCCCCUGGCUUUCCUGACAUGGAACACAGCAUGGAUGGAAGGGAUGUAUUUAACCCCCAGGGAGACAGAUCCUGCCUAAGGGAUGUGGCAGAGAAUGGGGAUGGUCUCAUUCAGUUUAUGGCCAGUGUCCCAGCAGAGGAAUGCAGCAGCAGGGAGGUGGGCUCCUGCCCUGCCAAUGUGAGCACCUCUCACCCAGACAACUGCUGCUGUCACAGGGAGGACUGUGUGGCUGAUGCCCAGGUGAGGGAUAACCCUGCUGCAGCUCUGCCCACUGAUACCCUGAUCCAUGAGCAGGCAGAUGCAGCAGACCACAGGUCCUGUGUCAGAGAUGGUUCUGACAACCCUGCCCCUGCUGGGGGGGGUUAUCCAGAGCAGGUUCCCAGUGUAGGUGAUGACUUGGAUGAUGACCUGGAGUAUUUUGAGUGUUCGGAUGUGCUGACAGUGCACGAGGAUGAGAUCUGGAAGAAGAAGUUACAGUUCUUACUAGAAGGUGAUGAUGAGGAUGAGUUAAAGCUGAGCAGGGAUUGUGAUGCCUGUGCUUACUUCCUCCCUCACAUGCCUUGCCCGAUCCCAGUGUCAGAUGACACUGCCCCUAUGGAAACCACCAUUGGCUUCUGUGGUCAUCACUCAAAACCCAAAGCAGUCAAUGUAAGGAGAGACCCCUCAGCGUCCAGCCAGUCAACUCUGCAGCCAGAGAUGACUCUGACUGUUGGGCACCACCGGGACAGCAGCUCCAGCCUGCAGGACAAAGGGACAAGUGAAGUGCCUGAGGCAUCUGCAGCCAUUGGAAAUGAGCAUCCCAGGGCUGAAGACAAUGGAAGUAACCACCCAGCUGCGGGAUUCCCAAUGGACACAUCCAAGCACAGGGAUAAGGGACCUGCCACAGACUGUGCUGCUCUGAUGGAGCAGGCUCCAGACACCAUGGCAGCAAGCAGGGACAAGGACUCGCUGGGGGCAGGCUCCUUGCUGCUGGAGGAGGAGGCAGAGGAGACCCCCAGGGCUGCAGUGUGCACCUUGACAGAGAGCCUGCGGAGAAACCUCUUCAGGCUCCUGAGCCCCACAGGGCUCUGCAGAUACGUGAGUGCUAUAGGGCAGACUCUGCAGGCUGCAGCGGAGCCCAGGGAAGCUGGUGCUGUGGGUCAGGAAGGUGUCACUGCUGCAGGGAGCCCCCAGAUGUGUGCUGCAGAAGAGGGGGAAAGGAAGAGGACUUGGGGCCUGUCUGAGCACAGCCAGGAGCCAGCUGAAGCUGACCCACCCAGGAAUGAAGGUGCUGAUGUUCAGAUCUCUGCUCAGAGCUGUGAAAGGCUGUGCAUGGAGCCCCAGCUGGAAGAGGAAGGUGUCUCUGGGACCUGUGUGAGUGCAGGAGCCAUCCAGCCAGCUCCACAAGUGCUCUGCACUGAAGGGACAUCACAAGCAGAGAGUGACAAUGUACAGACUGACUCUCAACACCCUGCUCAGAGUGAGAAGGGAGGAAUGCACCAGCAAGGAAUGGGUGUUGGUACUGGUGCUGUUUCACCUUUCCCAGUACAGGCCAUGGGCUGUGCCCCUGACAAACAGGAAUGUCUGUGUGCUGUCCUCUCUUCUGCAAAGCUCUGUGAUGAGCCCCAGCAGGGAAGGCAACAGUGCAGCUUUGACUCCAAUGGUAGCAAUGACACAGACACCUUCUGCAGUCUGUCCUCUGAUGAACCUGUGCUGGAGGCUCAGACCAAGUCAGGCCUGGAGGGUGGAGAACCUGUGUGCAGAGGAGAUGCUGAUGUAUCUGCAGUGCAUGAGAAGCUGUGGCAGCUUCUCCAUGAGGAUGAGGAGUCAGACUGUCAAAUCCCAUGUGAACCCAGGGGCAUCACAAGCUUAGAGAUCAGGCUGACAGGAACCCAAGCCCCAGAGCUGCACUGUGCACAGGAGACCUCUUCUGAUCCUCCUUUGCCAGAGCAGGAACCUGUUACACAGCCAGACAGCAGACAAAGAACAGAGGAAGGUGACUGUGCUGAUUCUAGUAUCCUAUUUAAAGGAGAUGGAGCAUCCAUAGGAAACACUUGUCUUGCAGAAGCUGUAGGAGCAGAUGGUGUGUGUCUGGAUUCUAGCACUGGAAACAAACCAGAACAACCAUCAUCCAUUUGUGUUACAGCAAAUAGAACCAUCUUCAGUACAGGGGAGUGCUUGGAGCAGGAGCCAGAUCCCAUGUUAGCUGACAGCAGUGGAUCCAUGCAGAUGGCUGUGGGUGGGGAAGGAGAGCUCCUCAUCAAUCCUGCUUCCCAAGCAUGGGAUACAGGCUCUCCUGGAACAUUAAAGGAUGCUCAGAGUGGUGAUUGUGACAAAGAGACUCCAGGUAUGUCACACGGGACAGUUGGUCAGUUACUGCCCACUGAGCACAACACACCCUUGAUGGAUGAGGGUGUAACUGGUGAGAGGUGUAGUUCUAGAGACUGUUACCCAGCAGGGGCAGAGCUGCCUGAUCCCCCUGAGGAUAAACCCUUUUUCCCCAGUGGAGACCCCAACCAGCAGCCACAUGAGGAGCUCUCUUCUGUCAACACCUUACCUGAAACCUAUGGAGUGAGUUCCCCAGAGGAAGGAGACCCCUCAGCCCUGCAUGCACAGAGCAGCCCUGAUCCUGACUGUGAUCUGCCUUCGAGGGAUGACUGUAAUGAUUCCCAGGUUGUUUCUAAUGCACAGGAAAACGUUGCUGUGAUUGAGACUCCUGAAAGCAUCACACGUAAGAAUCCAUCCCAAACCACAGACCAAGUGCCAGGAGCAGAAACCCAAGCAGUGGCAUUCACCCCCUUGUCUGGGGAGGUGCUUUUAAGGGACUUGAAUGUAGAAGCAGGAGGAGAACAGAGGGAGAUUGGCAGGGCUGGAGCUCCCUGUGCCUCAGGCAGCCAGGCUGCAUCAGAGCAUCUGGGGUUUGCUAACAGCCCCUUCAAGCCUGAUGGAGAGUUAAAGGCUGAGCCCAUCAAGUGGAAACCCAACCCAGCCAAGAGCUGUCAUGGAGCUGCUGGGGCUAAGAAGAAGUUACCUGCAGCAUCACUGUCCAAAAAGCCCCGUCUGGAGCAGAGAGAAGCCUGCAGUGAUGCUGUCCUUGCCACAGAGCCUGUGGGGAGUGAGGCAGGAGUGAGGCAGAGAGAGGAUAGAAACCAGCACAGGAAACUCACUGUGAACAAGGAGAGCAAAGCUCCCAGGCUGCUGAAGGGGAUCCAGGCCGAGCUCUUCCCGGACUGCUCAGGGAACAUUAAGCUGUGCUGUCAGUUUGGUGCCAUUCACAGUGACUCCACUAUUACCUGGACUAAGGACUCCAAGUUACUGGCUCGGCUGCAGAGGAGUGCCCAGGAUGACUCUCCUGUCUCAUUGGCAAUAGCUAAAGCCAGUACCAAAGACCAGGGAAUGUAUUACUGCUGCUUGAACAAUAUCUAUGGGAAGGUGACUGCUGAGUUUAAUCUGACUCCAGAAGUGUUGGAACAUCUCUCAAGCUUCCAGAACUGUGAAGGUGUGGAGGAGAUCGAGUUCAUGCAGCUCAUGUUCAGAGAGGACUUCAUCAGCGACAGCUACUUCGGAGGGAACCUGCGUGGGGUGAUAGCCACAGAAGAGCUGCACUUUGGAGAGGGCAUGCACAGGAAAGCCUUCCGAAGCCGAGUGAUGCAGGGGCUGGUGCCAGUGUUCAGCCCUGGGCACCCCUGCGUGCUCAAGGUGCACAAUGCCAUCACCUAUGGGACCAAGAGUCAGGAUGAUCUGGUGCAGAAGAACUACAGCCUUGCACUGCAGGAGUGCUAUGUCCAGAACACUGCAAGAGAGUAUGCAAAGAUCUAUGCAGCUGAAGCUGAGCCCCUGGAAGGCUUUGGAGAGGUACCAGAGAUCAUUCCUAUCUUCCUCGUCCAUCGCCCUGCCAACAACAUCCCCUAUGCAACAGUGGAGGAGGAGCUGGUGGGGGAGUUUGUGAAGUACUCGGUCCGGGAUGGCAGGGAAGUGAACUUCCUGAGGAGGGAUUCUGAGGCUGGCCAGAAGUGCUGCACCUUCCAGCACUGGGUCUAUGAGAAAACCAACGGGAGCCUGCUGGUCACUGACCUGCAAGGUGUAGGAAUGAAGUUAACCGACGUUGGCAUAGCAACACUGGCCAAAGGAUACAAAGGGUUUAAAGGCAACUGCUCCUUCUCCUUCAUUGAGCAGUUCCGAGCCCUCCACCAGUGCAAUAAGUACUGUGAGAUGCUGGGGCUGAAAUCCCUGCGAAGCCCUCACCAGAAGCAGAGGAAAGCAGCAGCCAUGAAGAGCAAACCCCUUCCACACUCAUCCUCCAUGAAGAAAACAGUGCCCAAGAAGGCCAGAGAACCCAGAGACUUCAUUGCCUCAGAGCACUGAGUUGCUCUGGAACCUCCUCCUGAGGACCUGGAGCAGUGAUGGGCACCAAUGAGCUGGGGAACAGCUUCAGGCUUUGCCUCCUGAUGGCAUUUGGGAUCAUCCUCAUGCUGAUGCCAGCAGCAAGGGAAGGAGCUGAUCCCAUGGCCAUGGAACCAGGGAGGUUCUGAAGACACCCAGAGCAUCACACAACCCCUCUAUGACUUGGUGUCUGCACUGGACUGCACAUGGAGUGCAGCACAUGUCACUGCAGAGCAUCCUCACUUCCCUGUGACCCUGUGGGUUCAGCUGCCACAACACAGCCACGUGUUCCAGCUGCCCCUUACCACACUUUGCACAGUGUUGUUGCUCAGGCUGCUAUAGGGAAUUCCUUUUCUUUCCCAGUGUAACCCCACUAUGAUCCCCCUCUUGUCAUUGUU